AGGAUGAGCUGCGGGUACAUCCUGUGCACUGUCCUGCUCUCGGUGGCCGUCCUCCUGGCGGUGACGGUCACGGGCGCCAUCCUCUUCAUGAACCACUACCACACACCCGUUACCGAGUCGCCCCCCGUCAUCAGCACCAACCCGGAGGAAGCCAACGCGCUGGUCACCAUCGAGAAAGCCGACAGCUCCCGCAUCAACAUCUUCAUCGACCCCAACUGCCCCGACGCGGCGGGCACCUUCGGGCGCCUGGAGGGGCUGCAGACCUCCCUGCUGCGUGCCGUCACCGACCACGACGCCGAGGCCAAGGCCACCAAGAGCCAGCAGAAAGCUCUGCUGGUCACCGUGGCGGACGAGGUGGCCAAGCUGCUGACGCACGCCGUGCAGCUGCGGGCCGACUGCGACGGCCUCAAGAAGGGGCACAGCGCCAUGGGGCAGGAGCUCAGCGCCCUGCAGGGAGAGCAGGGCAGGCUCAUCCAGCUGCUCUCGGAGAGCCAGACCAACAUGGCUCGGCUGCGGCCCCGGCUCAAGGCCGACCUGCAGCGAGCACCGGCCAGGGGAGCGCGGCCCCGAGGCUGCUCCAAUGGCUCCCGGCCCCGAGACUGCUUUGACAUCUAUGCAAGCGGACAGCAAGAGGAUGGGAUUUAUUCCAUCUUCCCUACGCACUAUCCCGCCGGCUUCCAGGUCUACUGCGAUAUGACGACUGACGGUGGCGGCUGGACG